UCUCAACCCGAAAUCACUACCGACAGUACCUGAUUUUUGUGUUCCCUGUAAAAUUAUUUAUUUUUGAAUUGUUUUUUCGAAAUAUUUUUCGAGUAAAACAUCAAAAAAAAAAAGCCGUUUUCGGAUCUAAGCAGGCCGUAACCUUAUACUUCAGUGCUGUGAACUGUUUCGGGUUUGAGAGCUCACUCUUAUUCACAUCUCAGUAUCGCCAGUACCCGGUUCGUGUGUGCCCUGUGAUUUCAAAUAUUUUCGAUCGUGUGUGAAUCCAAAGCUAAGCCAUGUUGCCAUUUGUCAAGAACUCUGUGUGCACCGUUCAGGAUCUCCUGUUCCACGGCUGUGAUUUCUAUUCCCUCAAGAUGUGCGAAGGUUUCGGGGCCGAGCCCAAGCCUAGCUAUCCCAAGGUGGUGGCAGAGUUCUUUAACAGCGCGGUCAGCUGCCCGGCGGAGCUGUUUCCGUUCAUUUUCUACUUCACUCUGGUGAUCAGUUUGUUUGGAGCGAUGCACAACUUUAUCGAGUUCCUGCGGGUUCUUCGCUCGCAGGAUGGCGUCCACCCGUUGCGAAUGUGGCGUCCGAGGCAGUUUGCUUUCUUCACCGACAAUCAGUUGCGCCGUUGCCGCAUUGUAGGACACCUAAUCAUGAUGGUGCCUCAUUUGAUGCUUAUCUAUGGCUUGGUCAAGAUCAAGCCCCACUUUGUUACACCCUGGCUGACCAUCGCGAGCGUCACCAUGGCAACUGAAGGAAUGCUUGUCAUUAUCCAGGCCAUCGCGCAGUGCCAAAAAAUCACAUUGAAAACCGGGCUACUAGUGUUGUGCCCGGUUUUCAAUCUGGGGUGCGCUGCAUGCGUUCGGGCACAGUUUGAGGAGGCGUACAAGACCAGCGGAAAGUCGAAUCUCACGUGGUGAUCAGGGCCACUAAAUCCGCACACUUCACACUAGUCAUAUCGUCCAAGCAUUGUUACUACAUUGUUACUCUUGUGUUGCCAUAAAAACAUACCAAGUUA